CUUUUGCUGUCUUUGAAGACUUAUGCGUUAAAGUAAGAAAAAGAUUAGUCGUCAUAAUCGACGUAUGUUGCGAAAUUUAAUGUACAUUGGAAAUUAAUCAAGAGUGACUUCUUGACUGCAAGACCUACGUGAUGCAAACUGGCUCGAGAUUCAAUUGACCGAAUUUGCAAUUUUCGCCACAGAAAUUAAUGGAAUGACUUUUUAAACAAGCGAAUUAGCAAAUCGUUGGCUCAUUAGUCAAAUUAACACCAAGCGGAGCAUGACACUAUCUCGACGACCUCUCUCCAAAUAGCCGCAUCUAUUUCAAGAUCAGCUUCUAACAAUAAGUUUCAUCGAUUUUUCUUCCAUUUAUGUUAUUUUGACGGGAAGCAUCUGGUCUUUUAUCUUUGCCCAAAGUAGCUACGUCAAAAGGCAAUUUUCUCUUCUUGCUCGGGGGGGGUGCGAAGGAAGCGGAAGUGAGGUCACCAAAGCGUCUCGAUUGGUGUUCUUGUCACGUGGCCACAGAAAAUAAUGGCGGACAUAGUAAUGGUCGCCUUCAUGAAUAACGGGAGAUGAAGAUGUCUUGGAGAAGAUCGUAUGAUUUUACUCCACGGGUAGUAGAAAAUGAAUUGGAUUCGUCAGACGACAGUGACUCCGAAGCUGGAACCGAAAACCUUAAAUUGUAUCACCGAAGAAAAUCUACGGUAACUGCUGUGAAAGCCAGGGGUUGUAUCAAGGAGGGAUUUUUGCUCAAACAAACCGGUUCAUUUCAGAGAUGGAAAAGGAGAUAUUUCAAAUUGAGAGAAGGAAACAAGCUUUAUUAUGCAAAAUCCAGUGAGGAAACUUUAUUUACUGAAAUAGAUCUGCAGGAUUUUAGUGUUGCAGAAUCUGGUAUUAAACAUGCCAGUUUUACUGUUAUUACAGCAUUUCAAAAUAUUAAUCUAAGUGCUGACUCCAGAAAGGAAAUGGAAGAGUGGAUAAGUUGUUUGAAGUCUGUUGGCUCUCGGACCUGCUCUCAAUCAGAUCUGUUAGACAGACUGUCUGGGGCCCAUAAUUGGUAUAUGUACUCAUGUUCCCAUGCAAAACCAACAUUUUGCAAUGUUUGCAGAGAAACAUUGUCAGGCACAUCAAAGGGAUUAUCGUGUGAAGUUUGUAGAUUUAAAGUUCACAGAAGAUGUGCUGUGCGAGCUAAGAACAACUGCAAAUGGACAACAGUACAAUCACUCAAGAGAGAACAUUGUGAAUUUGAUGAGUCAGACCCUCUGUCAGUGCCACAUCAGUGGCUUGAAGGAAAUCUCCCUCCAUCAGCGAAAUGCGGAGUAUGCGAUGAAAUAUGUGGAAGUAAAAGGCGGCUUCAGGGAUUCAGAUGUCUUUGGUGUAAUUUAAUGACUCACCAGACAUGUAGAUCUCAGUCACUGAAUUGUUCUUUUGGUGAAAAUGCGCUCUUCACCCUGCCUCCUGUUUCUGUUCUAAGCUCCUCUGGUUCUCUUGUUUGGAAUUCCAUCAGACCUCAAGGAUGUCUUCCUAUGCUUGUCUUUGUCAAUUCUAAAAGUGGCAGAAAUCAGGGUGUUAAAUUUGUUAGAAAAUUUAAACAAUUAUUAAAUCCAAUUCAAGUGUUUGAUCUGGCAUUAGGCGGCCCUUCAAAAGGACUUAAGCUGUUCCAAAAGUUUGAUCAUUUUCGUAUUCUGGUGUGUGGCGGUGAUGGCUCCGUAGGUUGGGUAAUGAAUGAAGUGGACCAGAUGAAUUUGUCUACUCAGUGUCAACUUGGUGUUUUACCACUCGGGACUGGAAAUGACUUAUCAAGAGUUCUUGGGUGGGGAACAUCAUUUGAUGACGACAAUGCAGUGACGCAGUUUCUCCAACAUCUUGAGAGAGCAAAGGCAGCAGUGCUUGACAGAUGGAGUAUUAUGAUAGAGGAGCGGCCCUUGUCGGCGUCUAGAAGUUCAUCGAUAGAAACACUUGAUACGCCAUACAGACAUGAAGUCGACAUGAUGGACACAUUCGAGAAUAACGUUGCAACACAUUUAACAAGAAUUUUGAAUUCCAGUGAUCAUUCUGUCGUCAUCUCUUCCGCAAGAGUCCUAUGUGAGACAGUCAAGGAUUUUGUGUCCAAGGUUGGUAGUGCAUCAGCUACUUCUGAUCCGUCUGAGGCCGACGAUCCAGAUUCCCUGGCACAAAAGUGCGCAGUACUUAAUGAGAAGCUGAACCUUCUCCUGAACACGCUGAGCAUAGAAUCAGAAGCCCUGCCCACCCCUGCAAAGGAGGGAGUGUCACCUGAGGGCCUAGGGAAUGCUGGGAAUGGUAACGGAAAGCAGAAAGUGUUCGUUCCCAGGGAAGCUCUUAUGUCCAGAGCGAACAGCUUGAAAAAGGCGCUGAAACAGAUUAUAGAACAUGCAGAACAAGCUGUAGAUGAGCAGAAUGCACAGACGAGUGCGUCCACUAGCUCCUUAGCGGAAGCUAUUGUGACGGUGGCCGCGUCAGCGGCUGGGGAAGUCGUAACCACAUCUACAGCUCGCAUUGAGGAGGAACUGGAACCCGUACAAGAUAACGAUGGGAACAUCUUGGCUACCGUUCCAGGCCACUCCCAAGGGGGUCCAAAUUCUGACCCAGGUCCCUCCGAUAAUCGAUUGCUAGAUCCAGACUCCACUCCUGCCGGCUGUUCCUCCUUAGAGCAGCGAAAAUCCCCGAGAUGCAUCAGCCGAGGCUGCGCGCGUCCAUUCAGCUUUGAACCGCCAUUUGACGAAAAGCUUUUUGGAACAAGUGGCAGGCCCACGGUACAAUUCAGCGGUUGUAUAAUCUCCAGAGCGUUUCUUAAGGAGAGACCCAGUGAGAGGCUGGUGGGCUCUCUGAUUGGUCGAGCGCUAUUUGCCAGUGCUGACGCGCUGUGCGCUGCAGCCACGCCCAUGAUGAACAACGUGCUUGAUGUUGAGGGUUUCACGGAAAAAUGCGUCAUGAACAAUUACUUUGGAAUCGGACUGGACGCUAAGAUUGCGCUGGAUUUUCACACCAGGAGGGAAGAACAUCCAGAGAAAUUCAGGGUUCGGGCGCUAAAUUUGCUCUACUAUGGUUUGUUGGGUGGACGAGAGCUGUUACAGAGAACUUAUAAGAAUCUAGAUCAGAGAGUGAGGCUAGAGUGCGAUGGACACAAAAUUAAUCUUCCAAGCCUUCAAGGAAUUGUAGUAUUAAACAUAGCAAGUUACAUGGGUGGAGCUAACUUCUGGGGGACCGGGAGAGAUGACGGUUUUACAGAGCCUUCGAACGAUGACAACAUCCUUGAAGUUGUGGCUGUUCUCGGUGCUAGUCAAAUGGGUAUGUGUAAAGUGUUUGGAGGAAUGCAGCACCACAGGAUCGCUCAGUGCCGGUCGGUUAAAAUUUCCAUAUUUGGUGAAUCAGUUCCCGUUCAAGUGGACGGGGAAGCCUGGAUGCAACCUCCGGGAUAUAUCAAGAUUGUUCAUAAAAACCGCGCGCAGAUGUUGGUUAGAGACAGGGAAUUCGAGUUAACGUUGCGAGAAUGGACAGAACUCCAGGAAAAGAUCAGCUCGAGUGUGACCAGCGCGCAAGCGGAGGUGCUGACCUCCCUCGUGCAGUGUCUGAGUAUUUUAGUCAACUGUGUAAAGACCGCGUGUGAAUCGCGUGAAAAUGAUCUUCAGGAUUUGCUAAGUUUAGCGGAUUCCGCCGCGAAUUCCAUAGAGAAACUUGUGCCUGAUGGUGGAAAAAUCCCUGAGGCCCCAAAUAAAGGACGUAUAACGGAACUUGUGACCACCGGGAGGGCCUUGGUUCAAACGGUCACAUAUUUUCUUCAAAUUGAGCUGCCCACGCUUUUACCAUCGGUACCGCCAGAAGUGGAACGGAACCUCUGGUCUGCUGUUUCAUCAGUGAAACCUCUCAUCAGCAAGACAGUUGAAGCCUACGGACUCACAAAUCUGACUGAGGAAGAAGUUGAAAGGCAGUCUUCAGGCAAAGGACGAAGCAAGUUCUCUUUUUCUGGACUGCUGAAGUCCAAGAAACCGGAAAUGACAAAAGUUGGGUCAGCUCCUUCAGGUCGCAUGAUUAAGUUCUGGGGAGUGGAAGAGGUCGGGAAUUGGCUGGAGAGCUUGGGACUAGCCGAAUACAAGGAACAAUUUGCAAAGCAUGACGUCCGGGGUCCUGAACUGUUAAAUCUUGAGAGACCGGAUUUAAAGGAACUUGGCGUGACGAAAGUUGGUCACGUGAAGCGCAUUCUUCACGGCGUCAGAGCUUUGUGCGGCGGCGUGUCACCGAAAUCAGCUGAGAGGAUUGAACGGACGGCGAAAGCUGAGGAGAGGGCAGGACGGCUCAAAAGAGCUAUUGACAAGGAAGACAGCCACUGAAAGUAUGCAAUUAUCAAUUUCUUAAACAUCUGUCCGUGAAUCCAAACAAAAUUACAAAUUGAAUAACUGUACAGCCGCGUUACUAUUUAUUUCGGCCAUUUGAUUGUUUAGUUCUGUAGGAGCGUUUGCAAAGUGCAUGUCGUUUCUUAGCAACCUUUCUUUUGGCGGGUAACUGACGUCACAAGUCAGUUCGAAGUGCUCCCGUUGCUCGUCACGCAAUCGUCUUUUUCGCGUGACGAGAGGCAAAGCCGUAAAGAGAAUGAAAUGUUGUAUUAAAUUCAUUAUUCUAGCUGAAAGGCUUUUAAUUUAUCAUUCACAGCCGGUUUUGUUAAAUAGCUAUUCGCCGGAUUCAAAACGUAGUAAAUUUAAUUAGUGCGCUAUUUGCAAGAUUUACAGCAAUUUUAAACUUUUCAUUCCUAGAUGUCAGUAACGCGUUUUUUGUCAAAGUCAUCUUUUUACUGGUUACUUGUUGAGAAUGAUACCCUUAAAGUUUGUAAAAUAUCUUGCAAUUGGUGUAAUUAUGUAUUUAUAUCUGAGGGGAACUGAAAAAUGCAGUUUCCAUUAUAUGCAGAAAGUUUACACUCCACAUUAAACCGAAGCGCAUAGGUCCGUAGUGUGCUCCAGUAAAGCGCUGUUUAUUAUAAAAAAAAAUGUCUUAAAAUAUUCGUCUUCAAGACGCCCAAGGGAAGAGAAAAGGUAAGAAAAUUUCGCAGCAUUAUAAAGUAACUAUUAUCAGAAUAGUGUCUUAGAGAUAAAGGUCAGAUACAUUUGAAAAAGAAUAUUCAAAAAGCCUAUAACGCAGUGACCACACUACGCUGGAUAAAUUUGAAAACGCAGCUUUUUGCGACGGUUAGUCCUGCCGUCCACACUAAGCUGUCAGGAAAACGGAGCU